AUGACGACGACGAAUCCAAAAGACUCCAUGACCUCGACAUGGCGCACAGCCGACCGAAAUACCUGGACAAUCUGGCAUUGGUGGUACGAAUGGGUGAGGGUCCAUCCCACUGACCUGGACCGCGAAGUACCUGUUCACGACAAGAGUGAUCCAAUACCAGUCGUCUCGCAUUUUCAGUGUCACAAGUGGGUCCUUGUACAUGCUUUAUGGCCGCUGGCGCUCCAUCGGCUGUACUGCUGGACGUUUGGCAAGAAUCUGCACCCUCUCGUGGCCCUCUUGUUUUAUACUGUUGCGUAUAAGAUGAACGGAGUUCACGAACUAAUCAUGAUUCGCGAUGUCGGCCAUACACAUGGAUUCCUUGAUGGCGACAAGCACGCACGAGACGGUGUGCCUGAUCACGCAGUCAAAAAAGUGUUCAAUUCGCUGAUAUCCACCUUGACGGUCCGAUCACUAAUGGUCGUAUUCUUCGCAUACCGACGUAACGAGGUUCCGACGCUGAGCUGGUGGCUCAUCCCAGAGAUAGGCUUCUAUCUGACAAUCCUUGACUUCUGGUUCUACUGGUAUCACAGAAGCAUGCACCAAGUCGACAGGCUCUGGAAGUAUCACCGCACGCAUCACCUGACUAAGCAUCCAAAUCCGCUUCUGACUUUGUACGCGGACGCCGAACAGGAAAUCUUUGACAUUGCUGUUAUCCCGCUGCUAACAUAUGGGACUAUGAAGCUCAUGGGGUUUCCCCUGGGCUUUGGGGACUUGUGGCUAUGCAACCAGUACCAAGUUUUCACAGAGCUGUUCGGACACAGCGGUCUACGAGUCCUGUGGAGACCUCCAACUACAGCCAAUUGGUUCCUAGACUUGUUUGAUGCUCAGCUGGUCCUCGAAGACCACGAUCUCCAUCAUCGAAAAGGCUGGAGGAACAGCUUUAACUACGGCAAGCAGACUAUGCUCUGGGAUAAGGCUUUUGGAACUCACGCAGAGCGCAUCGAGUCGAAAAAUGUAAAUUGGUCUCGGCAAGUAACGCUGAAGUUGUGGGUCAUCUGAAGGGUCGGCUGUCGAUUACAAGGGCGUUUCCAUUGCGAGACGGGACGAGGUGUGAAAAGGCUGCAAUGAUGGCCGGCCUGGUCAAUGGCGGUUGAAUGAUAUGAUCCGAGACGGCAACGGCACGGCGUAGCAGAUCGGACCGGGGGUCGAUUGAUGAGUUGCAAGUUGAAGGUGAUGCCGAGAAAAGGCAUUUGUAUUGCAUUAUCCCGCAGUCUGAGUGACCCUAUUUUCCU